CAAAAUAGUUUAGAAACUCCCUCGGUGUGCCAGUCAUAAAGCCACUACAGAGGAGGAAAGACUUGGAGGAGAAACACAUACUAUAAACUGGCUGACUGGAUAACGUUUUCUCGCGAGGAGCCUAAAUAAACAGCUUCAACGAUGAAGACCCCAGCAGUGCUCAUCUCUGUAGCAGUUUUGGCACUGGGGCUCUGCCCGCUUUUACAUAGGAGCACAGAUGCUGCCACCUUUCAAGGUGCGUACCCACACAAUUACAACCCAAACGAAUCGGAUAGAUGUCAACAACCCGCCCUCAGUGGACUAAUUUCCCGCGGUAUGGGGUCUGUAACCCCAACCGACGAAGUGCUGGAGUCCAGUCAGGAGGCGCUGCAUGUCACGGAGCGUCGCUACCUGCGGCUGGACUGGUGCAAGACACAGCCGCUCAAGCAGACCAUCCAAGAGGAGGGCUGCCUGAGCCGCACCAUCCUCAACCGGUUUUGCUACGGACAAUGCAACUCCUUCUACAUCCCGAGGCACAAUUACCAAGACGGAGACGCUUUUCAGUCCUGCUCGGCCUGCAAACCCAAAACCUUCAGCACAAUCACUUACACCCUCUUCUGCCCGGGUCAGAUCCCCAGCACCAGGAAGAAACGGAUCCAGCGCGUAAAGCAGUGCCGCUGCACAACAAUAGAUACGGAUUAGACGCGAACCGACACAUCCAGGUUAAUAACGGCUUUCUUCCCGCUUCCAUUGGAGGAAAUGUGCUGCUUUGCAAAAAAACAAAAACAAACUGAAAGGGUAUUUUGUUUAAAGGACAUGAGAAUAAAGUGGGAAUAGAAAGGUGAGCAACUUCCCUGAGCUGUUUUUUUUAUGAUCAAUGGAGAGAAAUAUGACACUUUGAGCUGCAAUUAUUAAUCCAUCACUCUGUCCGAAUAUCUUGUCAUUGCUUCCACAGUCCUUUUUUUUUGUAGGAUUUUAGAUCUUCCCCAUCGUUUAGGGUUUAUUUAAGUGAACUGAUCUAAAAAAAUAAAUAAGUGUUCAAGUUAGGUUUGUUUGUGUCAGACAUGCAGACUAAUGGAUCAUCCGAAUACAAGUGUGAGGACACUUCUUCAAAUGACUGGGAUGGUUGUAUUUUUUUCCACUGUGUGGGAUGUAAAACUGAUUAGGAUAUUGAAAUGUAUGUAUUUUUUACAAUCUGCACUGCUAAAGGCCACUUCAUUUUAUGACCGUGUAUAAUAUGUGCAUCAUGUAUUGUAAAUUUGCUUGUAAAUAAAACAAGCUAUAAAAUCACA